AUGCCGGUGCCUUCCCCGGGGCUGGGGCACGGGCAAACCGCCGAGGGACCGGAGCUGCGGGGCGCCGAGCCUUCCCGAGCAGCGGGAACGACGGAGGGCCGGGAGGCGGCGGGGGGCAGCGAGGGAAAGGGGCGGCGGAAAAGUGCAGGAGCAGCUGCUGUACACAAAGGAGCCACGCGCCCGGCGCGGACGGACGGACGGACGGACGGACCGAGCGCCGCAGCCUCCCGCGCCGCCGACAAAGGGGGGCCCGGGGGCGGGGGGGAGCGGGGCACUGCGGUGUGGCGGCCGCCCCGCCGCUGCCCCGGAGUUGGUGCAACAGGGGCUGCGCCGGCCGGGGAGAAGUGCCGAAAGAGCCGGCGCCGCGCUGGCACCGCUCCCCGGGAGGAGCGAGCGGCCCCGCGCCCCUCCCCGCCCCGCCGCCGCCCCUCCCGCCGCCCCCCCGCUCCAACGGGCCCGGGGGGGCACAGCAGCCGGCCCCGCCCGCGGCCCCCCGCGCCCCGGGAAGGGUCUAGGCCAGAAAGCCAGCCAUACCCUGGACUGCAUCAAAAGAAGCGUGGCCAACAGGUUGAGGGAGAUGACUCUGCUCUUCUGCUCCACUCUGGUGAGACCCCACCUGGAGUACUGCAUCCAGCUCUGGGGGCCCCAAGAUAAGAAGGACAUGGACCUGUUGGAGCGAGUCCAGAAGAGGCCAUGAAGAUGCUCAGAGGGCUGGAGCACCUCACCUGUGAAGACAGGCUGAGAGAGUUGGGGCUGUUCAGCCUGGAGAAGAGAAGGCUCCGGGGAGACCUUACAGCCCCUUCCAGUACUUAAAGGGAACCUACAGGAAAGCUGGGGAGGGACUCUUUAUCAGGGAGUGUAGUGAUAGGACAAGGGGUAACGGUUUUGAGCUGAAAGAGGGGAGAUUUAGAUGAGAUAUUAGGAAGAAAUUCUUUCCUGUGAAGUUGGUGAGCCCCUGGCCCAGGUUGCCCAGAGCUGCUGUGGCUGCCCCAUCCCUGGAGGUGUUCCAGGCCAGGCUGGACGGGGCUUGGAGCAACCUGGUCUGGUGGGAGGUGUCCCUGCCCAGGGCAGGGGGGUUGGAACUAGAUGAUCUUUAAGAUCCCUUCCAACCCAAACCAUUCUAUGAUUCUAUGAAGAUACUGUUUCUGACAGUUUCUUCUGAAAAGAAAAGAACAGACACAAUAGGAAAACCCCAAAAUAUUCCAUCUUGAUGUCACUGGCACAGGAAGUUAAUAAAAAAUUGAAACAGAAUAAGAAUUAAAAAAACAAAAAACCAACAUUUCCAGCUAGGCAAAACAUUUUCCCCCAAAAUAUUAUUUGGUGAAAACUUUUGAAAUACUGUCUAUUUAUACAAUUAUGAAAUUAGAAUAUAGAAAAAUUUGGUGAUAUUUCCAACCAAAAAAAAUUCCUGACUAUAAUCUAGUUUUGGCACCUCUACCGAGUGCCCAAAUUAAGUCUUUUGCAGAACUAGUAAGACUGCAGUGAAAUUAAUGAGUCAUUUAAAGAAAAACAGAAGAGAAACUGGCGUAUAUAUGCUAAUUUCUUUUUCUUUUUAAACAAAAUAUUAGGUUUUAUGUGAUACUGUGCCAGAGAGACUUUUACAAACUAAAACACUAGGCAAGUGUGCGUUUUCCUUUCUCAAUGCCUCUGCAACAUAGUUUAUUAAAUAAGUAAACUUGAGUAAUCUCUGCUACAUUUUAAAUCCAUAUACAUGACGUCAAAUCUGUUUGUUAGUAACAAUGUAUUUAUUUCAGGAGUACAUUAAAGAUGGAAUAUGAGCCAAAGUAUUUAUAUCUUUCUGUACAUAUCACUUGAAAGGUAUCCAACAAAUUCUUCUCUCAAGCUAUUCUCUUUAAGAUCCUUCAGUGAAACUAUGGCUUUGGAAUUCUACUUUUUUUUUUUUUUUUUUUCCUCCAGAGCAGUUGGAAGUAUGAAGUUUUUGCAAUUUUGAGUAAGUAUUCCCUUCUUUUCUGCUGGUUUAAUAAAAGUAAGCAUCUACCUACAGUAAGUGGAGUACUCCGGUAGCUUCCCUGGUCCUGGGUAGCUUUGAUUUCGAAGAAACUUUUCAAAAAGCACUGUUCCAUAACGAUUUAAAUGUAUGCCUACCGAUGCCAACAAUUAUGAUUCAGGCAGUAACACACAAACUGUGACUCUGUUCCAUCCUCAGCUAUACUUUCUUCUGACUCAUCAUCACAAUUCAAUUUUAAAAGCCAUUAAGAACACUCAGGCUGCUUUUCUGAUGUAAGAGCAGAAAUUGUAUUGGAGUGAAUCAGUCACAUACAAACUCCAAAGUGAGCGUGCACAAAUUCUCACUGCUGCCCAGAAACCUUCCACGGGUAAAUACUAACGUUCCAGGCCUAGCUCGUUCCCACACAAGCCUGGCAAGUCCUCUUUGUACCAGGACAUAGCAAAGGAAUGUGUCUAAUGGUUACGGCUUAUCUGCUUUAACCGGUCCCCUUACAGUCUCUGCAAACUGCUUUGCAAACCCCGUGUCAGUCUCCCGGUCUGUAACACAGAUACCGUACCAGAGGCUCAGUAACGUUCUCGGUCUUUUUACUAUCCAGAAGUCAAAGGCACCGGGAGAUUUAGUCCACCAAAGAGCAGAGUCAGGAAGAAACCGCAGCGAUGAGAGCAGACGCGCUGGCUCUCAAACACCCAAAUGUGCAGCUGGCCAGCCAAGCCUCCCAUGAGUACCGCAACUCAACCAUCCCCCUGUCUCCGGCAGGACAGCCCCCUCCCUCAGGGCAAGGGCAGCAAACAGGGGAGGGGGCAGGAAAGUGAGGAAUAAGGCAAGAAGGGGUGGAAUGAACCAAGGCUGGACCAAGACUGCAGAAUCAACAUUAUAAAAGACCUGACAUUCAUUUUCCCAGUGCAGGGUCCAUCCACAUCUAUUAGGUCCCAUAAGAACUGGGAGGAACAAGAGGGGAUGGGAGAACACAACAUCCCCGACAUCACCUUUAAGGAGCAGUGUCUUAGCCCCUUCCCCCCAGAGCACAUGUGGAGGAUGAAAGGGCACAAAAAGGAUGGAAUACAGGAGGAGAAAAGGAAGACAGAGCGCCAACCAGGUCUGGUUUAGAAAAGAAUCUAAAGCCUCCUAGAAUCAAUAGGAAGUCCCUUUAAUUGAUUGCAAUGAGCUUUGAAUUAGACCUAUAUUCUACUUAUCAAGUACAGCUGAUGAGAAUCAAUAAUAUUUUGACUUACCGCUCAAAGCAACAACUACACUGGUAACUUUUGACUAAGAAAAAGUACAAUUAACAGCAUAUUAAUUCAUUAGAGUUUAUCUCACUGAAGUCCCCUUUUCUCAUCAGAUUGUAGAGCCAGUUGGCGUUUACAAGUGAUCACGCAGGCAUGAAUAUCGUAUAGAAACGAGGCACUAAAGAAAAAACUUUUGUUCUUAGCAUUAAUUCAGAUCAAAUAUUCAUUGAUAUCUACAUUUCUCAGCAAGUGUCUCAAGCAGAGAUCAAUAAACACUUAUUAGUCACUGACCAUGUUUCCUGCAGUAAAGGAGGGAAUGUCAGCCAGCAGAUGGGAGCAGCCAAAUAAUCGGGGGAGCUGGAGUCUAGUGCUUGUCUGCCAGAUGAUCAUUUACCUUCUCUUUGUCUUAGUUGCUGCACCUAAAAAACUACAAAUCAAAGGAUUUAAAAAAAAAAAAGUAUUUUUAAUUAAGCAUUCCUUAAAAAUACAAAUGAUUAUUUCAAAAUACAAGUAUGGAGCAUUGCAGGAAAAAAGUAAAUCACAACAGAAAGUUUUUUGGUUUUGGAAAUUCCAUUUCCUUUCCAAGGCCCAAGUCAGGGAAUGCAUUACUUUGUGAAACUGGGAAAAAGAAAAUUAUUAAACUUUUCAAACUUUCACAUGCGCCUGCUUUGAUAUUUCUGUGGAUUGCUGAAUUCUCUUCUCUUACCUGAAGUAUUUUACCACCUCAACUCACAUACAACAAUUUUAACCAUAUUCUAGCAGAAGAAGAAGUAUUUUAGUUGUCUACAGAGCAGAGACAACCACUAACACUGUUGAGCGAUGUCACAGCAAAAAGGUUUCUGCCGCUUUAAAGAAAGUAUUCCACAACCCUCCAAAAUAACCUGUGUGUAAUGGACAAUAUAGGAUUACUUUCUGGCAGAGCGCAUAUCCUGUUGCUAUUGACUGCAGCGUUACAGUAUCCUGACAUACUAGCAUACAGUUAUUGUGAGAUAAAGACCACGUUGAAAAACAAACUGAUUGCAGUACUGAAAACAGAAAAGGAACUGUCCAGUAAUAUAAAAAUUAACGUCUUUAAGAGAACAAUGACUGGAACAGUGUCGUUUCUAGAUUACCAUUAAAGAAUAAAAGCUUUAACUGAAACUAAGAAACUGUUGCAAUCUAUUCCUUUCUUCCAGGGAUGCCAUUUUAAAAGCAAGACAGGAAAACUUGGUUAGAAAUGGAUCUUUGUGUCUGUGUGUGUGUGUGUAUAUAUAUAUAUAUAUUGCAUUUAUAUCAUCUGUUGAUAUAAAGCUGUGGAAGUUGUGUGGUAUGUUUCUGUUUGUUUGUUUGUUUCUCCCCUCCAGCCCUCUCCACAUUCAUAAUUUUUUUGAAUUUAAACUAAAAGGGUUAUUAAAAGAGGGGGGCAGAGGAAGCUGCUGGCAUCUACUUUUUAAGGGAGAUUCAGGACAACGUCUACAGGAAGAAAAAACAUGCUCACCAUGAGCAAUUUGAAUUCUUCUUUAAAUUUCUGUAUUAGUCUAGAGGAAUGUCAGGCAGAAACUUUCAUUUUACAGUAGAAUCAAGUCUA